CUUCAUUCUGUGACUCGUCCGUCACCUGACUCCUCUAAACAAACUGUUUGGAUUCAUGACGAGCCGAUCAGUGGGAAGACAACUCAUUUUGACCCCACAGCACCAAGAAUAGAACCUGCACUAUUUGCUAAGCCUUUGGUCUGUUUGUGCUUUGGCUGGGGUGAAAAACGCUGAUGGCUCUCAUGGAUAAGCACAAAGUCAAGCGCCAGAGGCUGGACCGCAUUUGUGAAGGCUGAAUUGUUCCUCCCUCUGAUUGGAGCAGGGGGCAGGCAGAAGGAGGAGGGUGUUUGCCUGGGAUUGUGCCAAGCGAAAGCAUUCUGACAGUAGCUGUAAGUGGAGAAGGAGAGGAAGAAAGGCUGGUCAACUGCAGCAUGCAAGGCAUUCGCCCCCCUAUUCUGAAUGGGCCGAUGCACCCGCGGCCCCUGGUGGCUCUGUUGGAUGGGCGUGACUGCACCGUGGAGAUGCCUGUCCUGAAGGACGUGGCCACAGUGGCCUUCUGUGAUGCCCAGUCCACCCAGGAGAUCCACGAGAAGGUGCUGAAUGAGGCAGUGGGCGCCCUGAUGUACCACACCAUCAGCCUUUCGCGGGACGACCUGGACAAGUUCAAGGGCCUGCGGAUCAUUGUGCGAAUCGGCAGUGGCUUUGACAACGUAGACAUCAAGGCUGCGGCUGAACUAGGUAUAGCUGUGUGUAAUGUGCCUGCGACAUCAGUGGAAGAGACGGCGGACACGUCCAUGUGUCUGAUCCUGAACCUGUACCGCCGCGUCACCUGGAUGCACCAGGCUAUGAGAGAGGGCACCAGGGCUUCCAGCGUGGAGCAGAUCAGGGAGGUGGCCAGUGGAGCUGCCCGCAUCCGGGGAGAGACGCUGGGCAUCAUCGGCCUGGGGCGAGUGGGCCAAGCUGUAGCGCUGCGGGCCAAGGCUUUUGGCUUCAGUGUGAUGUUCUACGACCCCUACCUGCCAGACGGAGUGGAGCGCUCUCUGGGCCUGCAGAGAAUGGCCACCCUGCAGGACCUGCUCAUCCACUCUGACUGUGUGUCACUGCACUGCAGCCUCAACGAGCACAACCAUCACCUCAUCAACGAUUUCACCAUUAAACAGAUGCGUCAGGGAGCAUUUUUGGUUAACACGGCUCGCGGGGGCCUGGUGGAUGAGAGGGCCCUGGCCCAGGCACUGAAAGAGGGCAGGAUACGGGGUGCUGCCUUGGACGUACACGAGACAGAGCCCUUCAGCUUCUCUCAGGGCCCAUUGAAGGAUGCCCCCAAUCUGGUUUGCACUCCUCACGCAUCCUGGUACAGUGAGCAGGCGUCACUCGAGGCGCGGGAGGAGGCAGCUAGGGAAGUGCGCCGGGCCAUCACAGGCCGCAUCCCUGACAGUCUGAAGAACUGUGUGAACAAGGAGUAUCUGAUGGCAACGCCCCAGUGGCCUGGCAUGGACCCUGGGGCUGUGCACUCGGAACACAACGGAGUUACUGAUUACAGGUUCUCUACUGGUCUAGUGGGAGUGGCAGCAGGAGGCCUGACGGGGGCAGGCGCUGCAGUGGAGGGAAUUGUUGCAGGGAACCUGGCUAUGGCACAUGGGAUUGCCCCCGUGUCCCGACCUCCCCACACACCGUCGCCGGGGCAACCCUCUAAAGCAGAAACAGACAGAGACAUGCCAACGGACCAGUAGCCAGCUGUCCCCAUUUCCCCUCUGGUCCACAACAUUCCGUCAUCACUCUUCAUGUUCAUGCAAGCAGAUACACUAGUAUUGAGGUCCAUUCUGAACCAGCUUUGGUCCCAUCCAACAGAACAGAAUCCUUCACGAGAGACCAGUCUGCAUAGACUCCCUACACUCGUCCUCUUUUCUCUCAUCCAGAAAGCAAUAAGUGGAUUACUCAAGGAUUUUUUCCAGUUUGCUUUUAAGCCCCUCUGUGUCUGACUUUCCUGUGGCUCAGUGUUUUUGUAAAUUACUCCUUUACGGAGAGAAACCUGUUUUUCCUGUAUUUCUUUUGUUUUUUAUAUCAAUUGCUGUUUGACAUGCUAUAAAGUGAAGCAUGAGUCUGGAAUGGUAUAGAAGAUGAAUAACAUUUUUUCCACUACUAUUUGUUCACAAACCUUACAAAGGAUUUUAUAUUAUUGGCCUCAAUACAUUUCUAGUUAUCACAAUAAAAGUGUGGCUCUGACUUUUUAUGAGCUUUUUGAUGUGAAUUGAAUAAUAUCGCAAGAUAUGCCUCUGCUGAUAAGGAAAAUACAUACAGUAUACAAUGUUUGUCAAGACCACCACCUACACUUAUUUUCUCUGUUGGUCUUGGAAUAUUUUCAUGAUUAAAUGUAUAGAUCUUCUGCACAUCCUUGUGGUUGACAAGACUAGAGGGACGGUGGUUUUCUUACCUUUCUAUUUUCCUUUAUAUGUUACCUUUAGAUAUGAAUACAACAUGAAAGCUAUAUCUUUGCCAAGUACUCAAAUUAUCUAUCCUCCUUCACAGCACUCUAGUAUCAACAUUGCCCCUCAGUGUCUGCUGUUAUUGAUGCUAUAAUUUUGGGUGUUCAUCUUGUGUAGUUACUACGGCAGGCAUUGAAACUAAUUUGACCUGUAUGGAUUCCAUAGUGGCUAUCAAUCUCAAAUGGAAUGGAGUAAUGAGGCUUCAUGACUAGGAUGAUGGCAUCCUAGCAAAAUGUGUCCACACCCAUAGUAAUAUUUGUAAGGGGGCAGGAGCCCAGUUGAUGUUGGGUUCAGUUCAAUGUCCUGACCACAUCAGGAACACUUCUGUUUGUUUUCUGCUCUGGGUGAACCUAGUGCUCACUGCUGUGUUUGUGGGUGUGCCAGGCACGCAUCUAUGGCUUGGUCACAGGGUUGUUCACAACCAUAUUCAGAACAUUUGACGUCCGGAGGACAGCGGUUCAUUACUACUACAUGAAUUCGAGAAGUGGUUCGAUGGCUUAAUUUCAUAAUGGUCUUAAUCUGAAUUAAUGCUUGGUACUUUGGCUGGCUUCCGGGUUAAGCGGGCAUUGUGUCAAGAAGCAGUGUACCUGUGGACAUAGACCAGGGAAUCCGUGGCAGGGAUAUCCAAUCUGUUUACUGACGAUCAAGGCAAGUAUAAGAAAAGAUGAAGUGGAAAAUCGAGAGUAUAAUUUUGGGUGUGUACUUAGCAUUGCAGUCCGAUGUGGGUAAUGAAGUCCCUUAUUGUUUAAGGUCAGCAAUUCCGAUAUGCUAGUGGCAAAGCCAUAACCCCCCCCCACACACACACACAAAAAGUAGUCUGGGUACCACUCUGUUUAGCUAUCAUUCCACUCCUUGUUAUGCUAAACCGAAUAAUCUUUGGCAUAUGUCACGAAGUGGAAUGAUAGCUAAACAGACUGGUACCUAGGCUACCCACGCAGGCCUACAGUCAUAGAACAUCUAGGGAGUUUAUACAUGAUAUCACACUGGCACAGCUUCAGAGUUGAGUAACUGUGUUACUGGAGAAGGGGACCUUCAGCCAAAGGUGGACAGCCUCCCAUAAUGCCUACUUGUAAUCGGGGUAAUUUACAAAUGGGAAAGCAGUGGAACGGAAUUCUUCCAUCAUGAUCUAUAGAAUUUCAUUUCAACCCCUACUCGUAAUUACACACUGGCCAGGUAUAGGGAAAUGCCUGUUAUACCUCAUUAACAGAUAUUGAAUGUAGCUUACUCUCUGUUAUUCCUCUUAACAGAUACUGCUGAGAUCUAUUACCAAUUUUAAAUAUGUAAAAUCACUGUUGGCCCAUCUGUUAGUAAAUUGCAUGAUUUACUCAGUUUCAGCAGAUUUCUCUGAUUAACUAAAAGAAAAUAAAUCCUCCCUGAUGCGUCUUGACCUCCAUGCUUGUAGUUUUGAAGUUGUCUUGUAUGUUUCUCUUUAUGGGUAUUAAUUAAUUAGUAAUUAGAAUCCCCCCCAAAAUUAAGAAAUGAGAUUAAAGCGAGUAACAAUGGAGCUACAACAGAAUUAAUAGUUGUCCUUGCCUAUUUCAUCAACCAAGUUUUAUCAGUAUUGAGAUGACUUGUUUUAUUGACAUUGCAACAGAGAAUAUGAACAGUAAAGGGGAAUCAAGCAUUGUUGCUAAAGUGGACUUCUUGCUGACACCCAUAUCAUUUUUUUAUUUAUAUGCAGAGGUAGUACAUAGAGCUACACAGCUGUGAUGAAUGCCUUAUCCUGGACCUAACGUUAACUUCCCUCCCAAGUUAUUUCCCACACUCCCUAACUGGGUGCUCCACUCUGCUCCUUUUUAGCUAAGUUAAAUAUAGCUUAGAUCUGUAUUCUGAAGACUUCAUCUUGACAGCCCUAGUAACAGCAUGAUUAGAGCGUUAGUGUCUCUCUGGGUUCGUUCAAGCAUAUGUUUUACGUAAACUGAUCAUUUUAAUUAUCUGGAAAACAGAGCAAAUUGAAAUUAGCUGAGGGGGGUGGGAUGUAUGGGAGAGAGAUCAAAUCUUUAGAAAUGGAAUCCAUGUGGUUCAAAUUUGAUGUGAUUGAUUCCUGGAUAAUUUACAACAUACAGAAAUGUAAUGUGCAUUAGGCUAUUCUAUUUCAUGUUUAGAUUUCUCAAUCAGACUGCAAAAUGAGAGCAACCCAAUACAUUUGUAAUUAGGAUUUAUUCUGAACUUUUUAAAUAGAAACAAUCAUUGUGUAAGCUUCUACAAUAAAGUAUUUUAAUAAAAAGUAAUGUUCCUCUGAAA